ACCUGGCUGGUGCUGGGGGAGGUGGGUGAUGGAGCCUUCGGCAAGGUCUUUAAGGCACAGAACAGGGUGACGGGGGUGCUGGCAGCCGCCAAGGUCAUUGAUGCCCCGAGUGAGGAGGAGCUGGAGGACCAUGUGGUGGAGAUCGAGAUCUUGGCCUGUUGUGACCACCCCAACAUCACCAAGCUGCUGGAUGCUUUCUACUGGGAUGGGCGGCUCUGGAUCCUGGUGGAGUUUUGUCCCGGAGGGGCCGUGGAUGCAGCGAUUUUGGGGCUGGAGAAGGGGCUGAGCGAGGAGCAGAUCCGAGGUGCCUGCAGGCAGCUCCUGCUGGCGCUGCAGUACCUGCACGGCUGCAGCAUCAUCCACAGGGACAUCAAGGCUGGCAACAUCUUGCUCACCCUCGAUGGGGACAUCAAGCUGGCUGAUUUUGGGGUUUCGGCCAAGAACUCCAGCACCGUCCAGCGGCGCGUGUCCUUCAUCGGCACCCCUUACUGGAUGGCCCCAGAGGUGGUGCAGUGCGAGAUGUCCAAGGAGAGCCCCUACGGCUACAAGGCUGACAUCUGGUCACUGGGCAUCACCCUGAUCGAGAUGGCCGAGAUGGAGCCCCCCUACCAUGAGCUGAACCCCCUCCGGGUGCUGCUGAAGAUCACCAAGUCCCAGCCACCCACCUUGAGGCACCCCAAGAGGUGGUCUGAAGACUUCAAGGACUUCCUGAGGAGAUCCCUGGAGAAGAGACCUGAGGAGCGGUGGUCGGCCACCCAGCUCCUGCAGCACCCCUUUGUGGUGGGCAUCUCCGACAAGCGGCCGCUCCGGGAGCUGGUGGCCAAGGCCAGGGCUGAUGUGCUGGAGGAGGAGGAUGAGGAGGAAGGUCUGGUCCUCUCGCUGGUGGCAGAGCCCAGGACCAGGAAAUCGUUGGACUUCUUGAAGCAGAGGAGAAGGUCCCCACCGGAGCCCAGGCUCUCCAUGAGGCUCCCCAAGAGACCACCCGAGUUCCUGAAGCUGCUGCGGCGCAGGUCGUUCUUUGGAGGGAUGAAGUCCCAGGAAGCAGUUAAGGAUCAGCCGGGGCCAGAGCUGGGUGUGAUGGAGAUGACGCCACUGGAUGCUCCUCGAGGGACAUCGGUCCCAGCAGAGGCUGGAGGAGAAGCUCCAGGGUGUGAAGAGGAGGAGACCAGCCCUCCGGGGACUCCCUGCGAUGUGACUGAGAUGCCCUCAGGGCCACAGCGGGCAGGAGACCUUGUGGGGCUGCAAGAGCAGAAGACAGAGCCCCAGGAGGAAACCCAACGUGCUGACGCACCACCGGUGACCAAAGUGCCCAUGGAGCAGUGGCUCGAAGCCCAACCAAGUCCCGCUUCCAUCCCCAAAAGGAAUAGAGAAGAGGAGUUGAGCAGAGACCCCACUUGUACCUCGUUGGCCCAACCUGCACCCAUCUAUGGGCGCUGGGGCAGAGCAUCAGCCGUGGGGCAGCUGGUGGCAGCCCUGGACUUGGGGACCACAGGGACCAAGCCCCAGAGCUUCACGUCACUGGCAGAGCAGCAGCACCAGGUUACUCGGUUGUUGCAAGACCUGAAGCCCAUCGCUGAGCCCAUGGACCUGGGUGAGCAGGAGGUGGGGAGGAGCAAGGAUGAAGCCACAGACAACGCUCAGCCUGGGGUGGAAGCUUGUCCCAUUGAAGGUCUGGUGCCAGCAGAAGCGACGCUGGAAGAGGGUGUUGUCCAAGGGUGUUUGGUUGUAGACCAUAAAGCAGCGGGAGAUGCAGCCAGGCCUGGGGAAGAGAUGCUGGAAGGAGAAGAACUGGGGACAACCUCUAUAGCGGGUGCAGGACAGGGACCUGCAAGGGAAGAGGCCCAGAAUUCCUCUUCGAUGGAGAUCCUGGUGCCUGUUAAAGAUGGAACAGAAGAGAAAGUGGGAAACAGCCCCAGGGACAAGCCAGGAGCUGGGAAUGGCUGGAAAGGACACCAGGAAGAGGAUGGAGAGCUUGGAGAAGAGAGGGUGCAAAUUGCUUCAGCUCCUGAAGGGCCCUCAAAGGAUGGACCUGGAGAGGAGACGGGUGGUUUGGAGGCUCGUGGAGCAAUGCCAGAGCCCCAGGAGGCCCUCGGUGGGAAUGUAAAGGCCAUAAAAAGCGUGAGGUUCAAUGUUGUCCUUGUCCGUGCCUCUUCCCAGGCACGGGCAGUGUGGGAAGUGGAUCCAUCCAUCGCAACAAAGCAUGGAGAGGAGCACCCUGCGGAUGGACAAGGUCCAAGUGUGCUCCCUGCAGCAGCACAGCCUUUGCCUGAGGAAGCCCAGGAGAUGCAGGAACCUGCCUGGCUCCAAGGGAUGGUCAAGGAACCCCCCAGGUUUGGGGAGUUUGGGGAGGACGUGACCACCACCAGAACCAUCGGCAAGGCCGGGAUGAGGGAUGAGAUGAUGCGCUCUGCUCGGCGCCAGGAGCUCCAUGAGCUGCGGGUGCUGCAGAAGGAGGAGCAGCGAGCUCGGAGCCGCCUGGAGCACAAGUUCCACCACCAGCGGGAGCAGAUGUUCCGCCACAUCGAGCAGGAGAUGAUGAGCAAGAAGGAGUUCUAUGACCGGGAGGUGGAGACCUUGGAGCGGCGACACCGGCACCUGAAGGAGCAGCAGGAGCUCAAGUACACGGUGAAGCUGCGUGAUGAGGCCAAACGCCUCAAGUCCCUCCAGGAGAAGGGCUGUGGGAGGAGGAUGCAGGAGCUGAAGAGGGAUGGGAAAGAGGAGCAGCGGUUCCUGCAGCAGCAGCAGGAGGAGCUCAACGCAGCCCUGCAGAAGGUGGUCCAGGAGCACAAGAAGAAGAUGCUCUCCAUCGACUGGGAGUGCAUCAGCAGGAUCCACAGCCUCCGGAGAGCCCGGGAGUCCGUGGUGUGGAGCAUGGAGCAGGGGCACCUGCAGGAGAAGUACCAGCUCUUCAGGCAGCAGGUGAAGGAGCAGCACGCGGCGCAGAGGCUGCAGCUCCGCAAGCGCCAUGAGAAGGAGAUGGAGAGGAUGAACCGCUUCCACCAGCUCUUGCUGGAGGAGCUGAGGAGCCAGGAGGCGCAGGAGCGGGCUCAGCCGCUCAAAAGCCAGCGCUGCGCCACCAAAACCCGCCUGGCCCUCUUCAAGGACAACCUGAAGAUGCAGGAGGCUCAUGGGGGCAAGCAGAGGGAGAGGACCAAGCAGCGUGAGAAGAUGCAUCUCUUGGCCGAGCAGGAGCGGCGGCAGCUGGGGUGGCUGGACCAGGAGCAUGCUAUGGAGCUCGGUGCGUGGAGGCAGCGGCUGGCAGCCCGCAUGGAGGUGCUGGAGGAGGAACUGGGGAACGCGCUGCUGGAGCUGCACGGCACCCACAGCAGCACCGGGAUCACCCGCUGCUUCCACCUCCCCUCCUGA